AUGACGGACAGCUCUUCGCUGAGGAAGGAGGAAUUGGAGCCGGUAGAUCCAGCGGCCGCGGUGAACGCCACCCACGAGUCCGAGCCCAUUACUCCCGUCUCGCCCAUCCUGGACCCGGAGGAGGAGAUCCGCCGCAAGGAGGAAGAGCAUGAAAAGCGUGCCGAGAGGGAGGAGAUUCGGCGGACACAGAGCACCGCUACCGACCUGAGCGUACUGACGCGGACCACAACGGGCGCUUCUUCGCCGCCACAGUCGAAACCAUGGUAUAAACAACCCGAUCCCCUGAAAUGGGGCAAGAUUCCGCCCGUACCGGAAGAGCGUGGCGAGUCGCGAGAGUACCACGCUGGCUGGCUCAGUAGGUUGACGUUCCAAUGGAUGGCGCCUUUAAUGAUGGCCGGUUACAAGAGACAAUUGGAUAUGAAGGAUCUGUGGACUAUCAACCCAAAUAGAUCUGCAGAUGUACUCACAGACAAGCUACAAGCAAAUUUUGAAAAGAAAGUCAAGGAGGGCGGCAAGUAUCCCCUGCUCUGGGCUCUGCACGAGACUUUCUUUUGGGAAUUCUGGAUUGGAGGGUUCUGCCAAUUCGGUGCUUCCAUCAUGCAGGUCAUAUCCCCCUUCACACUGCGUUACCUGAUUCAGUUUGCCACGGAUGCGUAUAACGCUUCACAGGCUGGAGAGCCAGCGCCACACAUUGGCGCCGGCAUGGGUCUGGUCAUUGGUGUGACCGCCAUGCAAGUCCUGCAAAGUCUAGGCAUGAACCACUUCAUCUACCGCGGCAUGAUGAUUGGUGGCCAAGUCCGAGCUGUACUUAUCGGCGUGGUAUACGAAAAGUCCAUGGGCCCCCAACAUGACGGAGCAGGAUGGAGCAACGGAAAGAUUGUGAACCUAAUGAGUGUUGACACCUACCGUAUCGACCAGGCGGCAGGUCUCUUCCACAUGAUUUGGAACGCUCCCAUCAUCUGUCUCAUCACUUUGGUGCUCCUUCUGAUCAAUCUGACGUACAGCGCUCUCGCCGGUUUUGCGCUGCUGGUUAUUGGUAUUCCAGCCUUGACUCGAGCCAUCCGCAGUCUGUUCAGGCGGAGGAGUGUCAUCAACAAGAUCACUGAUCAGCGUGUGAGCUUGACUCAGGAGAUUCUCUCUUCGGUUCGAUUUGUCAAAUACUUUGGCUGGGAGAUGGCCUUUCUGGAGAGACUAAAGGACAUCCGUGACCGAGAGAUCCACGCCAUUCAGAUUCUGUUGGCCAUCCGUAACGCCAUCAACGCCGUCAGCAUGUCGUUGCCAAUUUAUGCCUCUAUGCUGUCUUUUAUUGCUUAUUCGUUGACUCGCCACGAUCUUGCCCCAGCACAGGUCUUUUCAUCGCUUGCACUGUUCAACGGUCUUCGUAUGCCUCUCAACUUGCUGCCCUUGGUUAUCGGUCAAGUUGUGGACGCCUGGGAGUCUCUCAGACGUACGCAAGAGUUCUUGUUGUCCGAGGAGCAGGACGAUGAGGCCGUAUACAAGCCAGAAGCCAAGAAUGCAGUCGAGGUUGUCAAUGCCAGCUUCACCUGGGAGCGCGCAACGGCUCAAGAUUCAGAAAAGACUGCUGGCGGCAACGAGCCUGCAAAGAAGGCAAAUGCCAAGUCGGAAGCUCCUGGAUCUGACGACACGAGUACCCUUGUGGACGAACGUGAGCCUUUCAAGAUUCAGGAUUUGAACUUUGAGAUUGGCCGGAACGAGCUCGUGGCUGUCAUUGGUUCUGUGGGCAGCGGCAAGACAAGUUUGCUGGCUGCUCUCGCAGGUGACAUGCGGAGAACAUCAGGUGAGGUCGUCCUUGGUGCCUCGAGAGCCUUUUGUCCGCAAUAUGCUUGGAUUCAGAAUGCCACCCUCAGGAACAACAUAACUUUUGGCAAAGACUUGGAUCGUGAAUGGUAUAACGAUGUCAUCCAAGCCUGUGCCUUGCAACCUGACCUGGACAUGCUUCCUGACGGCGACGCAACGGAGAUCGGUGAAAGAGGUAUCACAAUCUCUGGUGGUCAAAAGCAGCGACUCAACAUUGCCAGAGCAAUCUACUUUGAUUCUGACAUUGUCAUCAUGGACGACCCUUUGAGUGCUGUUGAUGCCCAUGUCGGCCGGCACAUAUUCGACAAUGCCAUUCUCGGCCUCCUCAAAGAUAAAUGUCGUAUCUUGGCAACCCACCAGCUUUGGGUUCUGAACCGCUGCGACCGCAUUAUCUGGAUGGAAGGAGGAAAGAUCCAGGCAAUCGACACCUUUGACAAUCUCAUGGCAAACCACACCGGAUUCCAGAAGCUGCUAGAGACCACGGCGGUCGAAUCAAAGGACGACAAAGAUGGAGAAGAAGCAGUCGUCGAAGAGAAGACGGCUGAAGCCAAGAAGGAUAAAAAGAAGAAGAAGAAGAGCACAGGUCUCAUGCAGGCUGAGGAGCGUGCCGUGUCCAGUGUUCCCUGGUCCGUCUAUGGUCAAUAUGUCAAAGCAUCCGGAACGGUCUUGUCCGCGCCCCUCGUCAUAUUGGCUUUAAUCUUGUCUCAGGGUGCCAAUAUCGCUACCAGUUUGUGGCUAUCGUAUUGGACAUCGGACCACUUUGGCUACAGCACCGGUGUCUAUAUCGGAGUAUAUGCUGGUCUCGGAACGGCACAGGCUCUUCUCAUGUUUGUGUUCUCGCUCAUGCUGACAAUCUUUGGCACCAAUGCCAGCAAGACCCUUCUACGCCAGGCUGUCACUCGCACGUUGCGAGCGCCCAUGUCGUUCUUUGAUACCACUCCUCUCGGUCGCAUCACGAACCGCUUCUCCAGAGACGUGGACGUCAUGGACAACAACUUGACCGAUGCCAUGCGAAUGUACUUCCUCACCAUGGCUAUGAUCAUUUCGGUCUUUUGUCUGAUCAUUGCCUUCUUCCACUACUUUGUCAUCGCCCUCGUCCCGCUCAUUAUCAUAUUCAUCAUUGCAACGGCAUACUAUCGGCAGUCUGCCCGUGAGGUGAAGCGAUUCGAGUCAAUCCUCCGUUCGGUUGUUUUUGCAAAGUUUGGCGAGGGUCUUACUGGCGUGGCAACGAUUCGUGCUUAUGGACUGAAGGAACGUUUUACAUCGGAUCUGCGUCGCGCCAUCGACGAGAUGAACUCGGCCUAUUUUCUGACUUUUUCGAACCAGAGGUGGCUAUCUAUGCGUCUCGACCUUAUUGGUAAUCUGCUGGUCUUCACCACUGGUGUGCUAGUUGUCACUGCCCGAUUUUCGGUUGCACCCUCAAUUGGCGGUCUGGUGCUCUCGUACAUUCUCGGUAUCGUUCAGAUGCUGCAGUUCACGGUCCGGCAGCUGGCUGAGGUGGAAAACGGCAUGAACGCUGUGGAACGUCUGCAGUACUACGGUACGCAGCUCGAGGAGGAGGCACCCGAGCACACGAUCGACAUCAAGCCAUCGUGGCCGGAGAAGGGUGAGAUCAUCUUUGACAAUGUCGAGAUGCGAUACCGUGCCAACUUGCCGCUUGUUCUCAAGGGCAUGACCAUGCACGUCCGCGGUGGUGAGCGCAUUGGUAUUGUCGGCCGCACGGGUGCCGGCAAGAGUUCAAUCAUGUCGACGCUUUUCCGUCUCGUUGAGCUGUCGGGUGGUCACAUUACAAUAGACGGCCUGGAUAUUUCGACAAUUGGCCUCCAUGAUCUCCGGUCGAGACUCGCCAUCAUCCCUCAGGACCCAACGCUCUUCCGCGGCACGGUACGAUCGAACCUGGACCCCUUCUCGGAGCAUGAUGACCUCAAGCUCUGGUCGGCGCUGCGACAGGCCGAUUUGGUAUCCCAAGAUGCCUCAAUCGAUGACAGAGACCCAACUCGCGUCCACCUCGACACAACGGUUGAGGAAGACGGACUGAACUUUUCGCUCGGUCAACGCCAGCUCAUGGCGCUUGCGCGUGCUCUGGUGCGUGGUAGUCAGAUCAUUGUGUGUGACGAGGCGACCUCGUCCGUCGACAUGGAGACAGACGACAAGAUCCAAAACACAAUUGCAACUGGAUUCAAGGGCAAGACGCUGCUCUGCAUUGCGCAUCGACUGCGCACCAUCAUUGGUUACGACCGCAUCUGCGUCAUGGACGCGGGUCGCAUCGCCGAGCUCGACACCCCCGCGGCUCUGUGGCGUCAAGGUGGUAUUUUCCGCAGCAUGUGCGACCGCAGUGGUAUCCGUAUGGAGGAUAUUGCUGGCGCGCGGGAGCAGUUGAGCAGCGGAUCCAACACCAGCAGCGAUGACGAUAGUAACGUUGUCGACGAAAAGGCCGGUGGUUCUAGCGGAGACGAUGGGCAGCAAAAGUAG